UAUAAAAUGAGGUACGCCUUGGGUGCGGCACCCAUUCAAGUUUCUCUUGAGACCAGACAUACUACAGAAUGAGGAAUUAUAUAACGAUCGCAACACUUUUGGCUGGACUUGCCAUUGCGACACAUUGUGUCAAUGUCCACUCCUCAAACUCAACCCGACAGGCGGAGUUCUGGAUUAAUGGUAUUGAGCAUGGACAAGCCACCUUUAAUCCGAACGUUGCAACCUAUCAAGUCUACCGGAACGUGAUGACAUUUGGCUGCGUGGGGGAUGGAAUCACGGACGACACUGCCUGCAUUAAUACCGCAAUUUCUUCAGGAGGUAGAUGUGGACAAGGCUGUGGUUCAUCUACUAUUCAACCAGCCUUGAUCUACUUCCCGCCCGGCAGGUACCGCGUCUCAUCGCCGAUUAUCAUGUACUACUUCUCACAAUUGGUUGGUGACGCUUUGAAUCCACCUACGAUCGUGGCAGCCCCUAACUUCUCAGGGAUGGCGGUACUUGAUGCAAAUCCGUACGGUGCCGGAGGAAAUAAUUGGUACACCAAUCAAAACAACUUUUUCCGCCAAGUUAGAAACUUUGUCAUUGAUCUGACUCUAACACCAACCAACUCUGGCGCAACGGGCAUGCAUUGGCAAGUCUCCCAAGCCACAUCUUUAAUAAACAUACGGUUUGUCAUGUCCCGAGCUCUGGGAACUAAUCAGAAGGGAGUUUUCAUCGAAAAUGGUUCUGGCGGUUUCAUGUCGGACUUGAAAUUCGAAGGAGGACAAUACGGGCUACAGAUUGGUAAUCAGCAAUUUUUAUCAAGAAACUUGGAAUUUGACGGCUGCGACACUGCCAUCAUGAUGAUUUGGAAUUGGCAAUGGACAUUCUCCAAUCUUUUAAUUAACGAUUGUCGCGUCGGAAUUGACAUGACGGCAUCUUCCGACAUCGUAAAUUCAGGCGUAGGUUCCAUACUCUUUAUGGACUCGACCGUCUCGAACACCGGGUCAGCUGUUAGGCUUCGACUCAACACUGCACCUAAUGUGGACGAUACCUCAAACACGCUACUUUUGGAUAACGUCAUUCUCCAAAAUGUCAUUAACGCUGUCGUCGACAUGAAUGGUGGGACCGUGUUGCCUGGCGGUUCGAUGACAAUUGCCGCCUGGGGGAGAGGCUCGAGAUACACGGAUGAUUCAGGAAACGUCGCAUUUGCAACGGCAGACCUUCCACCGGUCAAUAAAAGCCCACUCUUGUUAGGUGAACAGGGUCGUUUCUUUGUGAAAUCUAGGCCGCAAUACGAGCAACUCGGGGUGAAUGACUUUGCCUCUGUGAAAGCCGGUGGAGCAAUGGGCGAUGGUGUCACGGAUGAUUCUACCGCUAUCCAAAACGUUAUCAAUGCUAACGUUAAUUCAAAAGUUGUCUACUUUCCGGCAGGAAGCUACGUUAUCAGUAAAACCGUCACCGUCCCACCCGGCUCUAGAAUCAUUGGAGAGCUUUGGAGCGUGUUGAUGGCUGGAGGCCCACAGUCGGAAUUCUUGGACGAGAAUAACCCACUUCCCAUGCUUAAGGUUGGAAAUCCCGGGGAUGUUGGGACCGUUGAGAUCACAGAUUUGUUCUUCGCUUCCAAAGGAGCCCAACCGGGAGCCAUUCUAGUUCAAUGGAAUAUCAAACAGAGCGCCAAUGGAGCCGCCUGCAUGUGGGACAGUCACUUUCGAGUUGGUGGAUUUAGGGGGUCAGAACUUACAGGCACCAAUUGUCCCAGGGGUCCAGUCAAUGGGCGUGAGUGCAUGGGAGUGCACACACUCCUUCACGUAACGGAAUCGGGAAGUGGACUCUUUGAAAAUGUUUGGGCUUGGGUUGCUGACCACGACUUGGACGUUAACGAGGGUCAAAUUUCCAUUUACACCGGCCGAGGAAUUGUGGUCGGUGCCACUGAUGGGCCUGUGUGGUUCUACGGGACCCAGUCAGAGCACAAUGUGCUCUCACAGUACCAAAUUUCUGGCGCCAAAAACGUUUUCCUGACCAUGAUCCAAUCUGAAACUGCAUACUGGCAAUCAUCCCCUCCUGCCCCGGCACCUUACACCCCAAAUGCCGCCUUUGACGACCCGACCUACGCCCACUGCACUCCAGGUGAUGUCCGCUGCCCAAUGUCGUACGCUGUAACUGUCCGCAACUCUGAGAAUGUGUACAUCUACGGUGCAGGGAUGUACAAUUUUUUCAACAAUUAUGAUCAGACUUGCUUAAACACGGAGGACUGCCAGACUUCAAUGAUCAAUGUGGAAAACAACAGCAAUUUCUAUAUGUUCAAUGCCAACACCAAGGCUGCCAUUAACAUGGUGGUGGAAGGAAAUACAAAAGUGUUGGCUAGAUCGGGAGAUAACACGAAUGGCUUUUGUCAAACCAUUAACGCAUUUUUGGCACAUGUUUAAACAAUAAAGUUACCAGGAUAUAUUUAAUUGGAACGCUUUUGUAAUAUGUACCUUCAUUACGUAAAACCACUAAUUUCCCUUGUCAUCCCAUUCCCCCACUCAAAUUUUUGUAAAAUAUUUAUGCUUCACUAAUCUUUACAAUUCCAGAGUUUCGUAAAGAUUCGAUCAAAAAUAAAAUUUUUACGAGAGUUCAAAGUGAGGAUCUCAAGAAAAGAGUUCUUUAAGUACAAAAAUGCGUUCGGAAAGAAUAAAAGAUAUUUGCAGAACAA